AUGGCGGCAGACAGACACGGUUGGGAGGGCCCGGCGCCCCCCCGGGGCUGCGAGGUGUUCGUGGGGAAGAUUCCCAGAGACAUGUACGAAGACGAGCUGGUGCCGCUGUUCGAGAGAGCCGGCCGCAUCUACGAGUUCAGGCUGAUGAUGGAGUUCAGCGGAGAGAACCGCGGCUACGCCUUCGUCAUGUACACCAACAGGGAGGCGGCGCAGAGAGCCAUCCAGAUGUUGGACAACCACGAAAUCCGUCCGGGGAAGUUCAUCGGCGUGUGCGUGAGCCUGGACAACUGCCGCCUCUUCAUCGGCUCCAUCCCCAAAGACAAGAGGAAGGACGAGAUCAUGGACGAGAUGACCAAGGUGACAGACGGGGUGGUGGAUGUCAUCGUGUAUCCCAGCUCCACCGAUAAGAGCAGGAACCGAGGCUUCGCCUUCGUCGAGUACGAAUCCCACAAAGCUGCAGCCAUGGCCCGGAGGAGACUAAUACCUGGAACCUUCCAGCUGUGGGGUCACUCCAUCCAGGUGGACUGGGCCGAGCCGGAGAAAGACGUGGACGAGGAGGUCAUGCAGCGCGUCAGAGUCCUUUACGUGCGUAACCUGAUGCUGAGCACCAGCGAGGAAACGCUUUUUUUUAGGGAAAAAAGUGCGUAA